UUCUUCCCAUCCGCUCUCAAACCACUACGUUUUUUCAUUUUCCUCUCUUUUAUGUCGGUUUUAUCUGUGUUCUUUUCUUCUCCCUCUAAAAAGAAAAAAAAACGUACUCAAGUGCUCUGUGAUUGUCUCUGUUCUUCUUCCGUUCUGAUCUCACUGAGGCUCAGUCAUGUUGGAUCUGACUGAAAAAGGUUCUGGUUCUGAUACUACUGUUAAGAGUUGUGUUGAUUGUAAAACAUCAAAAACCCCUUUAUGGAGAGGCGGUCCAGCUGGUCCCAAGUCACUCUGUAAUGCAUGUGGGAUCAGACAGAGGAAGAAAAGAAGAGCUGCUUUGGGUUUGCAGAAAGAAGAAUCAGAUGAGAUGAUUAAGAAGGAGAAGAAAGAAGAUCAUCAUCAUCAUCAUAAGAUUCAGAUCAGUAACAAGAAAAAUAAAAGCAAUAACAAGAUUAUUGGUGCAUAUUUGAGGCUCAGAUUACUUGCUUUUGGUAGAGAAGUUAUGUUACAAAGAUCAGCAGCUAUGGGAUCAACGCAGAGGCAGCCAUUAGGAGAAGAAGAACAAGCUGCAGUUUUAUUGAUGGCUCUAUCUUGUGAAUCUGUCUAUGCAUAAACCCCCUCUAAUAAUCAAACCCAUCCUAACUAUAAAAAAUACUUAUCUUUUGUGUAAACCCCUUUUAAGUUUUAACCUCUUUUAGGGUUUUAGUUUUUUUUUUAGAUUAGGACUAAGUAGCAGAAAGUUCGAAGGAUUUUAGCUUUAGUUUAGCGUUGUUUUUCCCUAAUUAGAAAAAUCUUAGGGUUUUUCAAUUUUGUUGGGGUUGGUUAAAAAUUAACUUGAUCAAUCAAGUUAUAAUAGUACCUCCCUUCUGAUGAUGUAUAAUGUUUGUUGCCUCUAAUGGGAAUAUAUGAGGAAUUUUAGACUACUC